AUGCUCGAGUUCGUCGAGGAUAGUAAACUCGAGGCUCGCCUGGUCUGGUGUCCAAGAGCCGAUGCUCAGGCGAUAUUCGUUCCAAACUGGGCUAUGAAGGACGGCUCAUGCCUGUCUCUGAGGCGUUGGUGCUACUGGUCGAUCAAGGAGUAA